CUCCUCAAUAUCCUCAAAUGCGACAGGUCUCACCUCCUUCACCACCAAAGGCUCCUCAAUAUCCUCAAAUACCACAGGUCUCACCUCCUUCACCACCAAAGGCUCCUCAAUAUCCUCAAUAUCCUCAAAUGCGACAGGUCUCACCUCCUUCACCACCAAAGGCUCCUCAAUAUCCUCAAAUACCACAGGUCUCACCUCCUUCACCACCAAAGGCUCCUCAAUAUCCUCAAAUACCACAGGUCUCACCUCCUUCACCACCAAAGGCUCCUCAAUAUCCUCAAACACCACAGUUCCGUCAACCUGCUUCCUCGUCAAGGUUUCCUCAAUAUCCCCAAGCACCAAAGUUCCCUGGAUCUCCUCGAGCAUUUUCCAAGCCUCCUCAAGCCCCACAGGACCCUCAAAUGUAUCAGCCAUAUCCACCGCAGCAACCGCAUCAGCCACAUCAGCCACAUCAGCCACAUCAACCCAGUCAGCCAAACCCGCAUUCUUUCCACAGCUGUGAGGUGGAACAGGGCCAGAGAAUCCCAUGUGGAGCUCCUGAUAUCUCUGCUGCUGCAUGUGAAGCCAUUAGCUGCUGCCAUGAUGGCCGACAGUGCUACUUUGGAAAAGCAGUAACUGUCCAGUGCACAAAGGAUGCCCAGUUCAUUGUGGUAGUGGCCAGAGAUGCUACUCUGCCCAACAUUGACCUCGAGACAAUCUCACUUUUGGGAGAAGGUCAAGGCUGUACUCAUGUUGACUCUAAUUCACACUUCGCCAUCUACCAGUUUCCUGUUACUUCCUGUGGCUCUGUCAUUAUGGAGGAGCCUGGUGUCAUAAUCUAUGAGAACAGGAUGUCCUCCUCAUAUGAGGUCGGAGUUGGGCCUCUUGGAGCCAUUACCAGGGACAGCUACUAUGAAUUGCUCUUCCAGUGUAGGUACAUUGGCACUUCUGUUGAAACUGUGGUUGUAGAGGUUUUGCCAUUACAAGAUCCUCCUCUACCAGUUGCUGCUCUGGGACCCAUCAGAGUGGCGCUGAGGUUAGCUAACGGACAGUGCUUUACAAAGGGUUGUAAUGAAGUGGAUGUGGCCUAUAGCUCUUUCUAUACGGAGGCAGACUAUCCUGUGACCAAAGUACUGAGGGACCCAGUGUACGUAGAGGUUCAACUACUGGAGAGGACAGAUCCCAUGCUUGUCCUGACUCUUGGUCGCUGUUGGACAACCAUAAGCCCCAACCCUCACAGUCUGCCCCAGUGGGACAUUCUGAUAGACGGGUGUCCAUACAGGGAUGAUCGCUACUUGUCCUCACUGGUUCCAGUUGAUCUCUCCUCUGGCCUGGACUUCCCAAGUCACUACAGGCGUUUCCUUUUCAAAAUGUUUACCUUUGUGGAUCCCGGCUCACUAACACCCAUGAGGGAACAGGUGUACAUCCACUGCAGUACAGCUGUGUGCAGCCCUGUAGCUGGAGGCUCCUGUGAGCCAUCAUGCUUCAGAAAAAGUAGAAAAAGGAGAGAUGCCGAGGCUGUGGACCAGAAGAGGGAAGAGCCAAAGGUUGUGGCCUCUGUUGGACCUGUGAUCAUAGGCGCCCCUGAGGAAGAGUAAACAGUGCAGAGUUUCAAGAUCAAGAAUUUAGCUGAGAAAUUUUGGUGAAGCAUUUGGAAUAUUGACAUGCUUCAUUAUUUGUGAUGUGCAAUUAAAAUGACUUGUAAGUAAUUGUAAUGUUUACAAAAACUAGUAAAGAGCCAAAAGUGUGCUGCAGGAGGAAUGAAGUGGAUCCUCAAAUCACUGUAGUCAAAUUUGAACUCAUGAAAUUUGGCUAUGAUGUGCUUUAAAUCUCAUCUUACGAAACUUACCGGUUUACCAGAUCAUAAUCAAAUGCAAUACAAUUAUCCUUAAUAGAUAAUAUUUAAAACUUACAAUAUGCAGUUUCUGUUGACACUGUGUCAGCAAGGUGUUAAUUCAACUGGUUAUAUAAGUGUUUAUAUUGUUUUGUCAACCCACAGUACCUUAAUGGUAAUUCAGGGUAAUUCCAAGUUGCAAAGUUGAAAAUACUGCUUAAGGGUCAAUAACCAAUUUUCAAAACUCACAAGAGAUAAAAUAGAAGGACUGAAACUGUAAUUGCAUAUUUCUAUUAUUUUUGUGGACUCAGUGACAUUCUAAUAAAUGUGACAUUUGGCAUUUGGCAUUUGAACUGACCUUUACUUGAAAUUACUUUUGUAAAA